AUGUCAGAUAUCCCAUUAUUCAAUAUACCCAACUCAAGGAAACCAAUUAAUAAUCCUAUACUACCUUCAUUAUCGAUACCACCAAAUUUAAAUAAUGCAAAACCAAAUUUACAAUUAAAUUUUAACACUGUACCCAAUCAACAACCACAAUAUCAAAAUCAAAAUACAUAUAACUCGAGCUCCAAUACCAGUAAUGAUUUCCAAUAUCAACAAUUUCAACGACCUCCAUUACAAUUAAAUUCGAAUUCAUCAUCAUCUUUAUCAUCAUCAACUCCAAAUACUUCACAUUCAUCUUCAGGCUCAAUCACAAAUUUGAAAUUAAAAAGAAAACCACCACCUAUAUCAACUUCUGAAUUACCUCAAAUAAUAGAUGAUGAAUCUUUAAACAUACGACAUGACCAAUUUUCACACCAACAACCACAACAAAAUCAAUUCGCAUCAAGUUCAUCCACAGUAACUUCAUCAACAACAACUGAUAAUCCAAUUCAAUCCAGAAGUACGCUAGAAGAAUUAACUCCAUAUGAUUGGCAAUUUUUAGCAAAUAAUAACCAAAUAAAAGAAAUAAAUAAAUUAGGAGAAGGUAAUGGAGGUUCAGUUACAAAAUGUUAUAUACCCAACCUACAGAACGGUAGUCAACAAAUAUUUGCAUUAAAAUUGAUUAUUACUGAUCCAAACCCUGAUGUUAAAAAACAAAUAUUUAGAGAACUAGAAAUUGCAAGAAAAUGUCAACAUCCAAAUAUCGUAAAAUAUUAUGGUACUUUUUUAUUAGAAAAACAAUCAAUGAUUGGUAUUGCAAUGGAAUAUAUGGAUGGACAAUCAUUAGAUUCCAUAUACAAAGAAGUGUUGAAAAGAGAUCAAACUAAUAGAAUUAAUGAGAAAGUUUUGGGGAAAAUUGCAUUAUCAAUAUUAUCAGGAUUAAAUUAUUUACAUCUGAAAAACAUUAUACAUAGAGAUAUUAAACCUUCAAAUAUUUUGUUAGAUUCACGAGGAAAUGUUAAGUUAUGUGAUUUUGGAGUAAGUGGAGAAGCAGUUGAUUCAUUAGCUUCAACAUUUGUUGGUACUCAAUAUUACAUGGCACCAGAAAGAAUCAUGGGUAAAGAUUAUUCAAUAUCAAGUGAUAUAUGGUCAUUGGGUAUGACCCUAUUAGAAGUAGCAAAUGGUAAAUUUCCAAUCGAUAUCGCACUAGGUCCAAUUGAAGUUGUUGAAAUGGUAUCCAGAAGUGAAUUGAUUUUAAAAGAUUCAGAAAUUGACAAAAUAUUUUGGAGUUCCAAUUUUAAAAAUUUUAUUUCGAAAUGUUUAAUAAAAGAAGGCUUUAAAAGGCCAACUCCAAAACAACUAUUAAUAAAUGAUCAAUGGUGCUUGUUGUCUGCCAAUCUUAAUGUUAAAAUGGAUAAAUUUGUAACUGUUGUUUUAAAAUUAAAUCAAUAA